AGCUCGUGGCUCCCACGGCAAGCCGCGCCUGUGGUUUGCGAAGAUGCGUCUCCAUGUGGUUCUUAGCUUUCGCACUUGCGGUGACUGCUGAGCGCACAUUCGAGCUCUUUCAGGACUUCCCGACCAGCUGCCCAGAGCAGCUGCAGCUCUCCGGAAAGUACCGGGUCACCUCCAGUAUCUCCAUCGGGAGUGCCUGCGUCAUCGACUCCUCCAACGCGGAGCUGGAGCUGCUUUCGCCGCUGCACUUUGCCAAGACCGUGCACAUCAAGGGCCAGAUCACAAUCCGAGCAACGAACCCGUUGAAUGAGUCCUGCCUUCGCGUGGGCGGGAACCUGCGUUUAGACUCGGCCCGCUUCGAGAACUGCCACAACCAGGGCCUGGAAGCGCAGGGAGGCGCCUUGUGGGUGGGUGGCGACCUCUUCGUUGGCGGCGUGGUGUCCUUCUUGCAUUCUUCGGCCUUGGGCAUCAACUCCUCCGGAGGGGGCGCCUAUGUGUGGGGCAAGCUCGAAACAGGUGGCCAAAUGCGAUUCCACAACUGCUCCUCGCAAAACGGCGGGGCGUUGGCCGUGGGCGGCCUCAAGCAGACAGGUGACCUGGUCUUCACGAACUGCUCGGCGCAAGAAAAUGGCGGAGCUGUUCGCCUAGAAGGGGACUUUGUGCAGUCAGGGGGCAACGUGUCCUUCCACAAUUGCUCGGCCAAGCUUGGAGGUGCCUUGCACACCCAGGGCUUCGUGAGGGUGUCGGCCGGGCAACUCCUGGCGUCGAACUGCCAGUCUUCAGGGCGUGGAGGCACCCUGUGGGCUGACACCUUGCUGCAGACCGGCGGCAGCAUUGACUUGGUGGACGGCAGCGGAAUCGAAGGCGGCUUCGCCUUUGUGCACUUCCUGAACCAGACCCGGGGCUUUUUGUCCUUCCGGCGCGGGUGGUCACGCUCUGGCGGGUGUUUGCACGCUCACCUGGGCUACUUCAGUGCUGGAGAGGUGACCUUUUCCCGCUGCUUCAGCACGGGCAAUGCUGGAGCACUGUCAGCUGGCCACGGCAUUCGGGGUUCUACGGGCUUCAAAGCCUCAGGUAUCCUCCGCUUCGAGCACUGCUACGGACAUACCGGGGGUGCUGUGCUCGUUUCGUCCGGGGGCGUGGAUCUGAAUGGCUCCGUCACCUUUGAGAAUUGCACUGCUGCUGACGACGGCGGAGCCCUUUUGGUGCAGAGCGGGGACGUCGUGCAAGGCGACGGCGCCGAUGUGGCCUUCCGAAACUGCAGCGCCCAGAACGAUGGGGGGGCCCUGUUCUUGGCUUCGCGGUUCUCGAAGAUUCAGAUCUCCGGAGGCUCCAUGCUUUUCGAGAACUGCUCUGGGAGGGUUGGGGGCGCCCUCUCCAGCUGGGGACCCUCGCUGCUGAUCGAAGGUGGCAGGGUGGACUUGAAGAACUGCAGGGCCCUGCAAAAAGGCGGAGGCGUCUACAUCCGUGGCAACCUUACCCAACUGGGCGGCGCGGUGCAUUUUGAGCGGUGCUAUUUGGAACAAGGUGACGUCAAAUUUGGCCAGGGCGGCGGCGCCUAUGUCGAUCAACACAUCGUCACGCACGGCGGUUCGCUGAGUUUGGAGCACUGCUCGGCUCUCGGCAAAGGAGGAAGUUUGUAUGCCGGCCGGUCACUGCAAAUCAUCGGCGGGGUGUUGCGCAUCUUUAACUCCACGUCCUACAUCCGGGGCGGUGGCAUUGAAGCAGGCGACGUCGGGGUCCACGGGGGCAAGCUCCUCAUUGACAGUUGCAAAUCUAACAAAGGAGGCGCGCUCUUCGUGUCGGGCCGCGUUGGCUACCAGCAAAGUGGUGGCCACGCCAUCUUCAGGAAUUGCAGCAUGACAAAGAUCGCGACCCACAACCAGCACGCGAUUCAGAUCCGAGUUCCGCUCGGAGGAGUUGCAGCUCCGGCGGUUCAGGCGCACAGCCCAACCAUGGGGGGCGCCAUUUAUUUGCAGAGGAACGAUGCCCUCCUCACUGGCGGCCGCAUGGAAUGCGUCCAGAACACGGCAGAGAGAGGUGGCUGCCUGUACUUGCUCAAGGGCGAUGUGAACCUGGAAGGAGGCUCGCACACUUUCGAGAGCUGCAAGGCCACCCUACGGGGUGGGGCCAUCGCAGUCAAAACUGGAAACGUUUGGCAAAGAGGCGCAGACGUGUCCUUCAAUAAGUGCGAAGCCACCAGGGAAGGAGGAGCGGUUUCACUGCAAAAUGGAGAUUAUUACCAGAGUCCCAAGUGCAAGUUGGAGAUCUCCAGAUGCAGGAGUUUUGACUAUGGUGCCGGCUUGUUUGUCAUGGGCAAGGCGAAUCUGUCGCGGGUGGAAUUAUUUCACAACUUCGCCUGGGGCUCUGGCAUGGCCAUGGCGUCCCGGCAGGAAGUGUUCAUCGACCAGUUGGUCUUCCUUGGGGAGGGCGAGAGCGUAGUGGCAGCCCCGAAAGUCACGGUGCGCUGGGCGAACUGCUCGCGGGCGAGCCAGUGCCGCUUCCGAGGAAAGCAACUGCUAGAGGUGGGAGACCUCCUGUGCGCCAAGGGCUCCGGGCGGCUCAAGUACGGGUCCGUGGCCGGGUGUGUGCCAUGCAGGACUGGGCGGGUCCAAUUGUGGGACGGCAUUAACCCGGAGUGCGUUCCCUGUCCCGCCAACGCCAUAUGCUCCAACGCCACCAUCAAUGUUCGAGCAGGCCUCGACGUCAGCUUUGCCAACCUCAGUCGGAUCUUUCGGUGCCCCAACAAACGCGCGUGCCCUGGAGGAGAGCUUCGCGGAGACCACCGCCUAGAUUUCGUCCUUUGCGCGAAAGGUUAUAUCGGCGACGGCUGCACCAAGUGUGCCCCGACCCACGGUACCUCGGAUGACGACAUCCUGUCUUGCCUAGAAUGCGCCACAGACCCGUGGAUCAAGGGCCUUCAGAUUGCCAAGAUGUUUGCCAAGGACGCCUUGAUGUUCGGCUUUUCCGCCAUUGGGCUGAUGGCAGCAGAGAACAAGCAUAGUUUCAUCCUGCUGAACCAGUACAUAGCCUUCUCUUUGGCGGCUGGCUCCACCUUGGUCUUGAUCCAGGACACCACAGCUUUCCGCCACCUCACAGGCAUUGCCCGUCAAAGCCUCGGGCUCUCCGAGACGUGGGGGGAACUGGCCCCAAGCGCAGGCGAGUCAACAGACUGUAUUGCGAGCUACCUGGGCCUGCCAAAGACUGUGGGGCAUGGUCAGCUCAUGAAGAGCAUCUUCCCCUGCUUCCUGAUGCUGAUCUUGGCUGUGGUGCAGGAUGUGCCCUCCGCUCUCAUCGUGGGAAGCAACAUCUUCCUGCCUAGUUUGUGGGGCCGGUUUGGCCGCUUCUUUGUGUGCUACCGCACAGAGCCUGAGAAGGCGGGGGGGCGGGUGCAGUGCGACUCGUUGCCCUCGGGGCCGUGGCUCUUCGCCGCGGUGGCGCUGCUGCCGCUGGUGCCGCUGCUGGCGGUGCUGGGCUGGCGCGCCGCGGUGAGGUCUGAGGCUCAGCCGCCGCCUGGCCAUGUGGUCUACCUGACAAGGGGCUACAAGCCCGAGUGCCAGGGCUUUGAGCUCGAGCGUCUGCUGCGGAAGAUGCUACUGCGGAUGCUGAGCGGAAUGCUGCCAGUCACCUUGGUUCCCGCCCUCCACGUGGCAGGCAUGAUGCUCGUGCUUCUAGUGGCAUUCGUGGCGUACCUGCACAACAUGCCGUAUGAGCGCACCCGGUGGAACGUCACGGAGGUGUCGCUGGCGACCACCGCGCUGCUGAUGCUCACCUGCGCCAAUUGCAUGGUGGCCAACGAGAGGUACUGGGGCCACUCCGAUUUUACGCAGUUCAUUUUCCUCUUUGCGAUUCUCUCCAUGGUGGGCCUAGCCGCGCUGGCGGGGGCGGUCAUGCUGGGCAUGCAGAUCGUGGACGACAGGCGGCAGCCAAAGGAAAUGCGCUACAAGCGAUCUGGGUUCUACGCAGAAGCAGGGUAGGAUGGGUAGGCAAGAAAUGGACUGAGCGUUGUCCUGAAGGUUCGAUGCUUGAAACCAGAAGCUCCAGAAGCUCCUUUCAUGCCGCAGUUAACGUGGCUAUCCUGACCCCAGCCGCCAAAGUUCCAAAGGGCACAAGCGAAGCUUCGAGCCCAAAGCGCAGACGUGUCACCAAGCCAGCGCAUGACA